UUCUCUUCGCCCCUCCGAGCUGGAAAUGCAACUGUUGGGAGCUUCGGAGGCUGGGGAGCUGGACGCGGAGGCGGCUGGGGAAGUCCGAGCGAUGUGACCAGGCCGCCGUCGCUCGUCUCUUCCUCCCGCCUGCCGCCUCCUGUCGUGAAAAUAACUUUUUUACUAUAAAGGAGAAAAAAAGUAGCUGUCCGUCCCUCCCGCCCUCUUUUCCUCUCAGCCCUCUCACCUGCGAGGGAGCCCGGGGUGGCCGCUCCGCCGUCGGGGCCGCGCCGCCGAGCCCCGGCCGCCCCGGGCCGCCCCCGCCCGCCGCCCCCAUGCAUCCCUUCUACACCCGGGCCGCCACCAUGAUAGGCGAGAUCGCCGCCGCCGUGUCCUUUAUCUCCAAGUUCCUCCGUACCAAGGGGCUCACGAGCGAACGACAGCUGCAGACCUUCAGCCAGAGCCUCCAGGAGCUGCUGGCAGAACAUUAUAAACAUCACUGGUUCCCAGAAAAGCCGUGCAAGGGAUCAGGUUACCGUUGUAUUCGCAUCAACCAUAAAAUGGAUCCUCUGAUUGGACAGGCAGCACAGCGGAUUGGACUGAGCAGUCAGGAGCUGUUCAGGCUUCUCCCAAGUGAACUCACACUCUGGGUUGACCCCUACGAAGUGUCCUACAGAAUUGGAGAGGAUGGCUCCAUCUGCGUGCUGUACGAAGCCUCACCAGCAGGAGGUAGCACUCAAAACAGCAGCAACGUGCAAAUGGUAGACAGCAGAAUCAGCUGUAAGGAGGAACUUCUCUUGGGCAGAACAAGCCCUUCCAAAAACUACAAUAUGAUGACUGUAUCAGGUUAAGAUAUAGUCUAUGGAUGGAUCAUCUUAUAAUGGAUGGAUAAAUUUGAUUUUUGCUUUGGGUGGGCUCCUCUUGGGGAUGGAUUAUGGAAUUUAAACCAUGUCACAGCUGUGAAGAUCUGGCACAAGAUAGAGUGGUAAAAAAAAUUUUUUUUUAAGUGACAGUGCCAUAGUUUGGACAGUACCUUUCAAUGACUUAAUAGCCUGUGAGUCCAAGUAAAUGAUCACUUUAUUUGCUAGGGAGUGAAGUCCUAGGGUGGUUUCAGUUUCUCCCAGAUGUUACACCUAAAUUUUUUCCAUCAACCCCUUUAAGGCAAAUCUGUAUUUCAAAGAACCUUUCUCUGCAGUAGAUCUUGCAGAGGAAAUUUGCACUAUUACACUUGAAAAUUGUUAACUUUUUUGGCAGCUCAGUAGGAAAGCUCAACAUUUUAAAUGUGGUAGUACUGGAAAUUUUGACAAGACUUUUACCUAGCACUUAAAUAUGUAUAAAUGUACAUAAGACAAACCUAGUAAGCAUGACCUGGGGAAAUGGUCAGACCUUGUAUUGUGUUUUUGGCCUUGAGAGUAGCAAGUGACCAGAAUCUGCCAUGGCAACAGGCUUUAAAAAAGACCCUUAAAAAGACACUGUCUCAACUGUGGUGAUAGCACCAGCCAGCUCUCUGUACAUUUGCUAGCUUGUAGUUUUCUAAGACUGAGUAAACUUCUUAUUUUUAGAAAGUGGAGGUCUGGUUUGUAACUUUCCUUGUACUUAAUUGGGUAAAAGUCUUUUCCACAAACCACCAUCUAUUUUGUGAACUUUGUUAGUCAUCUUUUAUUUGGUAAAUUAUGAACUGGUGUAAAUUUGUACAGUUCAUGUAUAUUGAUUGUGGCAAAGUUGUACAGAUUUCUAUAUUUUGGAUGAGAAAUUUUUCUUCUCUCUAUAAUAAAUUGUUUCUUAUCUUGGCAUUUUAA